CCGAGUUGAAAAAGUUGACGAAGUCACAGCCGACUAAAGCUCAAGAAUGUAUGAUAUUGUGGUCUGAAGGCGAAGUGAACAUUUCAAUAUUAGACCACUGAGGAAAAUGAUAAAUCAUCAGCACUCAUAUGGUAAAUAAAGAAACAAAAAGCAACGGGUUAUAUUACGAAGACGACUCGAAAAGAUCUGGAAAUCUUUUGCUAAGCAAUCAUGGUGGUGAGCUGUGGGGUAAGAGUGCAUCUAACGCUGCUAUUGGCCAUUCUAGUCAUGCCAGAAGACAUAAUCGUCCCAUUUCGCGGCCAAAACAUAAGUUUCAACGCCCUUCAGACCGCACUGAGCACUACGGUAUUCUGGGAACCCGAUACAUGCUCUGCUUUGCUGCCAAGGGAAUACCUGUGCAAUGGGCGCUGUGGGGAACUGAGAACGAAUAUUCAGGAAUCAUGCUACUGCGACGACAUAUGCUUGGAGCUUGGUGACUGUUGCCUUGACUACCGUGACAAGUGCAAAGAUAACUACCAAUGGGACUUUUUUGUAGCUGAUCCCAAGAGAUCCUGCGUUGACAUCAAUAAAAAUUCGACGUCGUACAUCUUCGUCAGCGGUUGCCCCAGCAACUACCUCAACAAUGGCAUGAUAGCCAAAUGUAACGAGACGGCGAGCAAUUUAGACCUGGUCAGUGGAAUUCCUGUAUUUGAUAUGCGCACAAAAGUAUCAUAUCGAAACGUGUACUGCGCGUCUUGUAAUGCUGUGAGGAAUGUGAGUUAUUGGCAGCUAUCAAUCACAUGUCGGAACUCUUCUGGCGUUUCUGUCAAUACUACCACAACUGAAUUGAUGGAAUACGUGCGGCGCGCAUGCGCAUGGGAAUACAAACCCCGCUCGGAGUUCUUGGAUCAACUGUUGUCAUGUAAGGCAAAGGACCCGGCAUGCAAUGUUGAAGGGCAAAAUUUUAAGACUCUCUCGCAGCUCACAAGUGCUAUCUGUGGAUUAUAUUCUCUCCCUUAUAUUUCGGAUCUGCGGUACAGUACAACACGACGAAACCCACACUGUACACUGUGCAGAGGAGAGGAAAGAACUGAUUGUUCAGAAACGUGCAAGGCAAGGUGCCCGGCGCCCCCUACUAAUGCUCCCCCCAACCCACCCCCCGCCCUGACGAUCCUGUUCGACGUGAACGCGGGAGACAGCUACAAGAUAUCCAUCUCCGGGGACGUGCAGAAGGAAACAACGGGUAGCUACAGCUGUAAUAGCUCACAAGUGUUUGACCCGUUCACACUGCAAUGCGUCAACCUGCCUCAACUGAUAAAACAACACCAAGACAAACACAACCAAACCCUGCUUUCUUUGCUGGGUGAGAACUGCACUGUCGCUAUUUUGAACAUCUCCUAUGUAACAUUCAACUCUAACGGAAGUAUAGUCGUGACCUACAAAGACUUGGAGCGUAUUUAUGAAAAUGGAAGCUACAUCGUGAUCAAUGACACGGUCUUCCUGUGCUGGCGUGACACAUCAGUCACACAACAGCCGCAGACUGGAGACCAGUCCCUCUCCACUCUCCAGAUCAUUACGUACGUAUUCACAGGGCUGUCUCUUCUGACGGAAGUCGCUCUUCUCUUGUUGUACCUCUUGCUAAAAGAGUUGAGGAACGUCCCGGGCAAGAUUCUGAUGAGUCUUGUCUUCUGCCUCCUCGUCUAUCAAGUCUUCUUCCUCACGCUCGGUUUCAACCAAAUAAGCGGUUUCUGUGUGGCCGUAGCUGUCAUCGUACAUUACUUCCUACUGGCUUCCUUCUCGUGGAUGAGUGUCAUGGCUUAUGACGUCAUGAAGACGUUUGCUUCUAAAGCGGUGAAGCAAGUCAGCAACUCUCUCAAGACAUUCAUCAAGUAUUGCUGCGCAGCGUUCAUUCUUCCCGUCAUCAUUGUCUUCCUGUCAAUCAUCUUGGACAAGACAGAUGCCGUGCACUUUGGAUAUGGCACAGGGGUGUACUGCUGGAUCACGGAGCUUGUUCCUCUCAUCGUCACAUUCCACGUGCCUAUUGCCAUGGUGAUAGUCUUCAACGCAUGCGCACUUGCUAGGACCAUGGUGGGCAUACGGCGUACGGAGGAGUCUUCUUCAAUGGCGCGGCCAAAUAGUCACGUGUCGUCAGCAAGUCACCACGCCCUCAUGUGCCUUAAGCUGUCAACUGCCAUGGGGUUUCCAUGGUUACUGGGCCUCAUCUCUACCUUUGUGACCUCGCCAUAUCUGCAGUACCCCUACGUCAUUCUCAACAGUUUACAAGGUUUCUUCAUCUUCCUCGCCUUCGCGACAAACAAAAGAACUCUCGGUUUACUGCGAGGGAGAUUUGGAAGAAAACGAUCGUCGACCAAGUCGACUUCACUGGCGCAACCAUCAACACAGCAAACUGGACUCUAAACAGCUAGGGUCGCCUAAUGGCCCGAACGGAAUCGGAAGUGGUUGCUUAUCAUUUUAUUUGUGUAUCCGAGUUUUUAUUUUAAUAGUUUUGUGUCCAUCAAUGGACAAACACAUAAAAUACCAAUGAACCAGAAAUAAAGAGAGCUUAAGAAUUUUGUUUUAAGUACCGAAUCAAAUAAAAAUAAGAAAGUUUGUAAGUGCAAUAUUUUGAAAAAUCUUGUUUUCAGUAAUAACAAUUUUAUCUUUGAA